AUGAGAUAUAGUACAACAACAGCAGCAGGAUUGUUAUUGUUGUUGCUGGUGGCAUUGGCCAACACAACAUUGAUAAUGGCCAACGAUAAUAUAGUAGUGUCAGACGUCAUUGUAUUGACUGAUAAGAACUUUGAUCAGAAUGUAAAGUCUGGAGGCUCAUGGCUAAUAGAGUUCUACGCACCAUGGUGUAGCUUCUGUAAGAAACUGGCACCAAUCUACGAGGAGUUGGCUACCAAGGUCAAGGGCAAUGUGAACAUCGCUAAGAUCGACUGUACAGUCGAGCGUUCAACUUGUCAGCGUUACGAGAUCAUGGGUUAUCCAACACUUAAGUUUGUAUCAUCUGGUGUAGUAUAUGAACAUCAGGGCGAGAGAACAUUGGAGGCAUUGGAACAGUAUGUAUUGGAGGGCUACAAGUCUUCAAAGACUGUACAGGUGGCAGAGGACAGCCUAAGUGGUGUGAAGGAUUUGACUGAGGAUAACUUUGGCGAGACGGACAAUGGCAAGCGUUGGUUCAUCAUGUUCUACGCACCAUGGUGUGCCUACUGCAAGAAGUACAUGCCAGUGUUUGAGGACAUUGCUCCAAGAUUCAAGGGCACCGUACAGUUUGCCCGUGUCAACUGCCAAGAGCACCCAGGUCUUUGUGAGUUGUACCAGAUUCCAGGCUACCCAACAAUCAAAUAUUUGGAAGGAGCAGGCUAUCGCGACUUUGGCAUGGAGCCAUCAGAGUCCAACAUCCAACAGUACUUGACUGCAGACUUUGCUAACUCACCAUUGAAAGGAAAGCCAUGGCAUCCAGCUCUCUCCCUCAUUCAUAACGUCUUGGUGGAGUAUGUCUAUUUGUUCUUGGCACUGGCGUUCGUUCUUGGACUCUUCAUGGGUUACACUUUCUUUGGAGGUUCAUCUUAUGAGCAGUAUCCAGAGCAAGGCCAGACGGCCACCGCCCCAAAGCCCGAUAAACAAGAUUAG